AUGGCAGAUAAACGACUACCGCAUCUCUCGCCCUUUCGUUCUUACAGCCGCACGGAGGAAUCGGGCCUGGCCAUCUUUCGCCACUGCACUGCUUCGACUGUCUACGAUACAGGUAUGAUUGAGGAUAAUCCAGGUGACGCAGCCACGUGUGGUUUGCACGCAACGAAAGGAUUAUGCAGUGAAAAUCAAGUGGAAGUUCUUCGAUUCGGCAUAACCACUGUCAACACCAUCCCGUCGACCCUGGUAUGUCAACCCUAUCUGAUCGGCAUCCUGCAGGUUCGCCAUCCAAUCUGCGCCACAGAAUCUGACAUGAAUUUCCCCGAUCGCCGUCCGACUCCACCAAUUCCUUCUGGAACAGGACCCUGA